AGCGCCCGCGAGCCCAUUCAUCUGUGCACUUGGGCGUUGGACCCCGCAUCUUAUUAGCAACCAGGGAGAUUUCUCCAUUUUCCUCUUGUCUACAGUGCGGCUACAAAUCUGGGAUUUUUUUAUUACUUUUUUUUUUUUUGGAAAAAAAACUACGCUUGGGCUCCUUUUUUUGUGCUCGACUUUUCCACCUUUUUCCCUCCCUCCUGCGCUGCUGCUUUUUGAUCUCUUCGACUAAAAUUUUUUCAUCCGGAGUGUAUUUAAUCGGUUCUCCUCUGUCCUCUUCACCGCCCCCACCCCCCUCCCUCCGGUGUGUGUGUGCCGCUGCCGCCGCCGCUGCUGUUGCCGCCGCCGCUGCUGCUCGCCCCGUCGCUACACCAACCCGAGGCCCUUUGUUUCUCCUCUUGGAUCUGUUGAGUUUCUUUGUUGAAGAAGCCAGCAUGGGUGCCCAGUUCUCCAAGACCGCAGCGAAGGGAGACGCCGCCGCGGAGAGGCCCGGGGAGGCGGGGGUGGCCUCGUCGCCUUCCAAAGCGAAUGGGCAGGAGAACGGCCACGUGAAGGUCAAUGGCGACGCUUCGCCCGCGGCCGCCGAAUCUGGCGCCAAGGAGGAGCUGCAGGCCAACGGCAGCGCGCCGGCCGCCGACAAGGAGGAGCCCGCGGCCGCCGGCAGCGGGGCCGCGUCCCCCGCCGCGGCCGAGAAGGAUGAGCAGGCCGCCGCCGCCACCCCCGAGGCCGGGGCCAGCCCCGCGGAGAAGGAGCCCCCCGCGGAGGGCGAGGCCGCCGAGCCCGGCUCGCCCACGGCCGCGGAAGGCGAGGCCGCGUCGGCGGCCUCCUCGACGUCGUCGCCCAAGGCCGAGGACGGCGCCACGCCCUCGCCCAGCAACGAGACCCCGAAAAAAAAAAAGAAGCGCUUUUCCUUCAAGAAGUCUUUCAAGCUGAGCGGCUUCUCCUUCAAGAAGAACAAGAAGGAGGCGGGAGAGGGCGGUGAGGCGGAGGGCGCAGCCGGCGCCUCCGCGGAGGGCAGCAAGGACGAGGCCGCCGGGGGAGCGGCCGCGGCCGCCGCCGACGCGAGCUCGGCCUCCGGGGAGCAGGCGGCGGCGCCAGGCGAGGAGGCGGCCGCCGGCGAGGAGGGGGCGGCAGGUGGCGAGCCGCAGGAGGCCAAGCAUGAGGAGGCCGCCAUCGCGCCCGAGAAGCCGUCCUCCAGCGAGGAGCCCAAGGCCGCGGAGGAGCCCAGCAAGGCCGAAGAGAAGGCCGAGGAGGCCGCCGCCUGCGAGGCGCCCUCAGCCGCCGGGCCCGGCGCGCCCCCGGAGCAGGAGGCGGCCCCGGCCGAGGAGCCCGCGGCCGCCUCCGCCUCGUCAGCCUGCGCAGCCCCCUCACAGGAGGCCCAGCCCGAGUCCAGUCCAGAAGCUCCCCCAGCGGAGGCCGCAGAGUAAAAGGGCGAGAGUUUUUGAGAUAAUCGAAGAACUUUUCUCCCUCCCCCCCAGUUUGUUUGUUGGAGUGGUGCCAGGUACUGGUUUUGGAGAACUUGUCUACAACCAGGGAUUGAUUUUAAAGAUGUCUCUCUCUCUCUCUCUUUUUUUUUUUAAUUUUACUUUUUUUUUUUUAAGCAGCAAAUUUUGUUUCCAUUCUCCCCUCCCCACAGAUCCCAUCUCAGAUCAUUCUGUUACCACCAUUCCAACUGGCCGAGGAGAGCUUAAACACCUUCCUCUGCCUUGUUUUUUUCUCUCUCUCUAUUUUUUUGCAUCAGUAUUAAUUUUUUUGCAUACUUUGCAUCUUUACUCAAAAAUGUAAACUUUCUUUGUCAUUCUAUGGACAUGCCCAUAUAUGAAGGAGAUGGGUGGGUCAAAAAGGGAUAGCAAAUGAAGUGAUAAGGGCCACAAUGGGGAAAUCAUAGUGGUGCAUAGCAUUGCCAAGAUAAUGUGCCACUAGAAAUGAUGGUGUAAAGGCUUAGUCGUUUGGGUUUUGUUUUGUUUUGUUUUGUUUUUUUAAAGAAAAGUUAUUACGAUGUAUUUUGUGAGGCAGGUUUACAACACUACAAGUCUUGACUAAGAAGGAAAGGAAAAAAAAAAACACCAAUACCCAGAUUUAAAAAAAAAAAAGAUCAUAGUCUUAGGAGUUCAUUUAAACCAUAGGAACUUUUCACUUAUCUCAUGUUAGCUGUACCAGUCAGUGAUUAAGUAGAACUACAAGUUGUAUAGGCUUUAUUGUUUAUUGCUGGUUUAUGACCUUAAUAAAGUGUAAUUAUGUAUUACCAGCAGGGUGUUUUUAACUGUGACUAUUGUAUAAAAACAAAUCUUGAUAUCCAGAAGCACAUGAAGUUUGCAACUUUCCACCCUGCCCAUUUUUGUAAAACUUAAGUCAUCUUGGACCUUUUAAACACAAAUUUUAAACUCAACAAAGCUGUGAUAAGUGGAAUGGUUACUGUUUAUACUGUGGUAUGUUUUUCAUUACAGCAGGCAAUGCUUUCUUUUCCAGUCGUCUUUGAGAAUAAAGGAGAAAAAAAAAUCUUCAGAUGCAAUGGUUUUGUGUAGCAUCUUGUCUAUCAUGUUUUGUAAAUACUGGAGAAGCUUUGACCAAUUUGACUUAGAGAUGGAAUGUAACUUUGCUUACAAAAAUUGCUAUUAAACUCCUGCUUAAGGUGUUCUAAUUUUCUGUGAGCACACUAAAAGCGAAAAAUAAAUGUGAAUAAAAUGUACAAAUUUGUUGUGUUUCUUUACGUUCUGAUAAUACUGAGACUUCUAGGUCUUAGGUUAAUUUUUAGAAAGAUCUUGCAUGCCAUCGAGGAUAAAUUUGGUUAUUUUAAAUCUGAAGUUUUUAUGCUCUGAAAUUUAAAAUCAGCAGUGUCAAAUUACAUAUAGGAAGAUCUUAGAACAUUCCAUUGUAAUCUAUUAACCAUUUAUUCGCAUUUAGUUUUCAUUUAAGAAUUGAACAUAAUUAUUUUUAUUGUAGCUAUAUAGCAUGUCAGAUUAAAACACUUAGGAUAAACGUUGUGUGACCCUAAGACUAUUUAAAUGUCUUAUGAGAAAAUUGCAUAAAAACAUUUUCUUGUCAUGCGGAUCUAGAAACUUAAAUUUUAUACUGAAUAAGUCUAUUGAAUCCAAACUGCUGAAGGCUAGUAAAAAGUGGCUAACAAUGUUUCAGAAAUUGAUGAUGUAUUACAUUGUAAUUGCUUAGCGCUUCCAAAUUAUUGCUUAGAACAUGUGUUAUACCUUAAAAAAUAGGUUUAUCUAACAAAAUGUUGGUGUUGAAUGGACAGUGUUGUCAGUUGAUGGGUCUUUAGCAUAGCUGCAAGCAGGUUUUUUUUUUUUUUUAUGAAAGCUCAUUAGCAUCUUGUUACUCAAAGGAAAAGAUAGUGAAUAAUAAAUAUUUCUUAUAUAUUAAUAACCCUACUUGUUUACCUCCUCUUUUUUUUAGCACCCUUUAACAGGUUAUUUUUUUCUUCACUGAAUCCUAAACUGAAUUGAAUUUUUAGAUAUGUAUCAAAUACUAUUAAUUCACUAGAUGCAAAAUUGUUUCUGCACACCCAUUUUGCAGAUUUGUGUGGUGUGUAGUAUAGGACUCAUGAUAAAUCAGUGAAUUGCAUUUGUAACAACUGAAUGCCAAAUAUCUUAAACUCAUUAGAAAAAUAACAAAUUAGCUUUUUGGUAUGUACUUAUAAUUGGAAUAAUGGAUCAAAAUAAUAGCUUAUGAUUUCUCCUUACCAAACACCAUCCCCACUAAUAAAAUAACAUUUGUAAGAGUGUGCAUUUUGAGUUAGAUUUUGUUGAUCUUGGAGAAUGUUUGAAAGUUAAAAAUCAAACCUAGUAACCAAAGGACUGAUUUAUGGGUCUUUCCCAUCUUAACCAACUUUUUCUCAAAAACUAGUUGGCCAAGUACAGUGCCUGGUUGUAGUAAGUCUCAGUUUAAAAAAAAAAAAAAGUGGAUUUAAAAAAUAACUCCCAAAGUGAAUAGUCAGAAAUACUGUGUAGGAAACUAUUAUAUAUGCUAGGUUUGUUCUUUUAACAACUAGAGUUUAUUAAGAUGCGUUGUUUUCAUUUUAAUCACUGCCUAAAACACUUUGGGUGGUAUUGAUGGAGUGGUGGAUUUUUCUCCCAAGUAAUUAAUUGAAAUUUGACAUAUCUUUUCAUCCAAAGUUUUGUACAUCAUGUUUUCUAAUGGAAAAAUGUUAAUAUGGCUUUUUGUAUUACUAAAAAUAGCUUUGAGAUUAAGGAAAAAUAAAUAACUCUUGUACAGUUCA